GGGAAUGUGAUCGGCGGGUGCACACAAAUUUAAAUGUAUUGUUGCGUGUUGAAGCAUAGAUGGUUAUAUCAAUAUAAAUUGUACUGUCUCGUAAUGCGUGACUGUCAUGCUGAAACCAUCAAUUUGCGCUCGUUUUGGAAGGAUCUCGUGCAGGCUAGCCGAUCGAGUCGCCCGCGCUGCUUAGCAACAGCGAUUUUUUCUAUUCCCUUACCUACAUCCUGCUGUUCGAGCAUAUGCGACGGAAGAACUCCAACGAGUUUCUCAAAUGGCACGUCCAGAGAUCUACGUCGUUUCGAGGAUCCCGAACCUCGCCGAACAUCUCCGACAAGCGGUCAAAGGUCGAGCUGAUGUUGUUGAGAUAGUCGCAAAAUUCACUGUUCACGAUCAUUGUCCCAAGAUUAAACCCGAGGUUGUCAAAAAACUCCAGAGUGUCGAGAUCCUGAUCACGGACACCCACAUAUUAAAGGACAUACUCUACCAGCUGCCAAAUAUGAAGCUUGUGCAAGUUACAUCUGCAGGUGUUGAAAAUCUUCUUCCAAAUAUCAAUAAAUCUCUGCCUGUUCCGACAUAUACGAUUGUACGAGCAAGCUGCUUUGGCAUUCUCAUGGGAGAAUAUGUUGUGGCUGGCAUCAUCAACUUUGAGAGAGGCCUGUAUAGGUAUUUUGAGCUGCAGAAGAUGAAGAGCUGGGAUGAUAUGAUAUCGCUGAACUUUAGGACCUUAUCGGACUUGCGUGUUUCGAUCCUCGGAGCUGGCGUCAUUGGUGAAGAGAUUGCCAAGUCGCUUGUUCAAUUUGGAGCUACGGUGAAUGGCUUUGCCAGGCGAGCCAGGAACACUGAACAACUGCGGCGCUCAUCUUUUCAGAAGAUUUCUCCAGACCUUAACACGCUGCUUGAAGACUGUCAAUACCUCGUCAAUGCGCUCCCCAGCACCCCAAGCACCGUGGGCCUCCUCAAUGGGGAUGUCUUGAAGCAGUGCAAGAAUAGUCCUGUGUUCAUCAAUAUUGGUCGAGGAAAUGUCAUCGCUGAGGAGUGCCUGCUGAAUGCCUUGAAGGAGAAGUGGAUCUCGGGGGCCAUGCUUGAUGUCUUUGAAGUUGAGCCACUGCCUCGAUCAAGUCCUCUCUGGUCAACUCCCGACGUCAUUGUCACGCCCCACAUGUCUGGCCCCUCUAGGCCACAAGAGGUGGUCAAGAGCUUUAUGAUCAACUUUGAAAAGUUCCUGGCAGGAGAGCCGCUACUCCAUACAUUUUCUUUUGAUACUGGAUAUUAGUAUGAAGGCCAUCACUGUCUUGUUUUCAGUGGUCAUCAGUAUUUGAACAGAACACUGGUCAGUUUUUAAUAUAUAAAAUAAAGUCUAUAUAGAUAACAUUUC